CCGCUUUCAACGACAGACAACAUCACCAACUUCAUUCUGCUCAAGCCAAAUCAACCCACCCGGUCCUGCAAAAUGGCCGCGGAAAAUACGAUACCCGUCAUCGUCGAAUUUACGUGAGACCCCCCGGGGACGCCGUCGGCACCGGCAUCGUCCCUCGGACCUUCGGAGAAAGAGAAACUGACGUCGAGGUGACUAGGGGCGGCCUCGAGAUGCUCUUUUCCGAUGAACGCAAGCACAAGCUCUCAGUCCCAACCAAAGACGACCAAGGCAAGGCGGUCAACAUCGGCUGGCUCGUAGAGUAUCUCUGCGACAAGGUGAUGAAAGACACCCGAAAGGAAAUGUUUGUGUUGGAUGGUCACGUGUAAGCCUUCAAUUUCAUCGAUGCGAUAUGAUGAUAUGAUACGGUACUCGUCACCGCUCUUCAAAGCCUGGCUGGGUAAUAUCAAAUCAAUCCAUUCCACAUAGCAAUAUCUCGUCUCGUAUGCCUUUAUUCGUGUCAUUCUGCUGUACCAACACAUCACGGUGUCUUGUUCGCAACAAUCACUUCCCAGCGAGUCUCUGCUUCACCGUUUUCCGGCUUUCGUCACUUUCCCAAUCCAAUUGUGUACACCUACAUGUACAUGGACUUUGCAGCACAGCACAGCAACACUGACGCUAAUUAUCUGCUUCAUAGUCGCCCGGGAAUCCUGGUCCUCAUCAACGACGCCGACUGGGAACUGGAAGGCGAGGCUUCUUACGCCCUGCAGCCUAAUGACAACAUCCUUUUUGUUUCAACCCUCCACGGAGGCUGAGUCGCCUCAAUAUCGACCCACUGUUUUCCUCACAAUACCAUGUUAUGGAUCCAAGCGACGAAACCGUCAAUUAUUCCAUGCAAUUGCAAUUCCUUUUCCAUCUCGAUUUAGCCACCCUGUUAGAUCUCGCUAUGCCUCCAAGAACGAUGUUGAUGUUUCUUGGCAGGGGAAUCCAUUCAAAUCCGAUCCGAUACCUGGAUUGGCAAGAGCAUGUCACUGUGCGGAGUAUUCGUAUUGGGGCGGCACGCUGCCCUCUGUCUCUGAGCGGCCACUGGUCAGCUAUUUGAUUAUUCAUUUGAUUAUCAGAGUCGGAAAGAGACAAGUCAAUAUGCACGUGAUGUAUGGAACAACCUUGGAGAGAUCUCCACAAGGAUCAUCUACCAAGU